GGAAACCCGGGGCUGUAGCAACCCUGGGAGGGAGCAGCUGCCAAGCCCUGGUGGCUGGCCAAGCCCAGUUGCUAUAAAAGGGAGCCGCUGCUCAGCCUGCAUAUUCUGUCAAUUCAGUCAACUCUGUCAACAAGGUUUCUGGAAGACCUGGUGAGGCACAUCCUUGGACAUCAUGCUGACGGAACUGGAGAGUGCCCUGACCAACUUCGUUACUGUCUACCACAAGUACUCCCUGGAGAAAGGGAACGCCCAUGCCCUCUACAGGAAUGACUUCAAGAAAAUGAUAGAGGCCGAGUGCCCUCAGUAUAUGAAGAAAAAGAGUGCAGAUGCCUGGUUCAGAGAGUUGGAUAUCAAUAGCGAUAAAGCCAUCAACUUCGAGGAGUUCCUCAUACUGGUGAUAAAGAUGGGCGUGCUGGCCCACAAAGAAAGCCACAAGUAACAUGGCUGUUGGGUGCUGGGGCUGCGCCCCUGGAAUUGUCCCUGAAGAAUAAUAAAGUAAUUGAUACCUCA